AUGUGUUGUCAAAUUUAACAAAUCUUAUUAGUUUAGAAUUGGAUCUUAGUUCAAAUACAUUUAGUGAAUAAAGUGCUCAAUAUUUAUGGACUGCUCUAGCAAACUGUAAAAAUCUUUAAAAUUUAACUGUCAAUCUGGACAAAAACAUAUUUAGAAAAGGAUUUUUAUAUAUAAGGUCUGCUUUAUAAAGUUGUUCAAAUCUCUAGAAAUUAGAUCUUGAUUUAAAUUAAAAUUAAGUUAGUCAAAAUAGUGUUAAAUAUUUAGGUGCUGCUCUAGGUUAUUGUAAAAAUCUCUAAAACUUAAGACUCAAAAUGA